GGUCGCGGCGCAGGCCCGUCAUGGCGGCCGGGGCCUGGUCGGGGUGGGCCCCGGCGGGGCCCCUGAGCCCCGCGCAGCUGAGGCGGCUGGAGGAGCACCGCUACAGCGCGGCCGGGCGCUCGCUGCUCGAGCCGCCGCUGCAGCGCUUCUGGGGCUGGCUGCUGGAGCGGGUCCCGCCCUGGCUGGCCCCCAACGCCAUCACCCUCACCGGCCUCCUCCUCAACCUGCUCACCACGCUGCUCCUCGUCGCCUACUGCCCCACCGCCACCGAGCAGGCACCAUUUUGGACAUUCCUCUUGUGUGCACUGGGACUCUUUAUCUAUCAGGCACUAGAUGCUAUUGACGGGAAACAAGCCAGAAGGACAAAUAGUUGUUCCCCUUUAGGAGAACUUUUUGACCACGGUUGUGAUUCUGUUUCCGCAGUAUUUGUGGCCGUUGGAGCCUGCAUUUCUAUUCGCUUGGGAACAAAUCCUGACUGGCUGUUUUUCUGUUGUUUUAUUGGAAUGUUCAUGUUUUAUUGUGCCCAUUGGCAGACCUAUGUAUCGGGCAUGUUGAGAUUUGGAAAGGUGGAUGUAACAGAAGUUCAGAUAGCUAUAAUCAUUCUCUUUCUGUUAUCUGCAGUUGGAGGAACAACAAUGUGGGAUUACACAAUCCCCAUGAUUGAACUAAAACUGAAGGUCUUUCCUGUUCUUGGAAUUGUGGCUGGAGCAUUGUUUUCCUGCUCAAAUUAUUUCCAUGUAAUCCUGAGUGGUGGAGUUGGCAAGAAUGGAUCUACCAUAGCGGGUACAAGUGUUUUGUCACCUGGACUUCACAUAGGACUAAUUAUCGCUCUGGCGAUAAUGAUCUAUAAGAAAUCUGCAUCUCAACUUUUUGAAAAGCACCCGUGUCUAUAUGCCUUAACAUUUGGGUGUGUGAGUUCUAAAGUCACACAAAAAUUAGUGAUUGCUCACAUGACCAAAAGCGAGUUGUACCUUCAAGACACUGCAUUUAUUGGCCCAGGCCUGCUGUUUCUGAAUCAGUAUUUUAACAGUUUUAUAGAUGAAUAUAUAAUUCUGUGGAUAGCAAUGUGUAUAUCCUUGUUUGAUUUGCUGAGAUACUCCACUGCUGUAUGCCUGCAGAUUGCAGCUCACCUUAAUAUAUGUGUCUUCAGGAUUGCAAGUCAUCAAGCUCCUGAACAGGUACAAGUUCUUUCUUCCAAGAGCCAUCAAAAUAACAUGGACUGAAGAAACUUGUGGAAACUUGCCAUUUCUUGCUGCUGCUGCUGUAACAAGAAAGGAGAUAUUACUAAACAAAUGUUUUACUGAUAAUAUAUGUGUUUGGUCAAAUAAAAUAUGGCAUGAUA